AUGUCAACAGACACAAUUGACAAAGGCAAACACGUUGUCAUGGCCGCACAAGAAAGUUCUAAUUUUCAUGUUGAAGAAACUAUCCCGCCUGGUUACCGAUUCAUGCCGACAGACAAGGAGCUGUUACACUACUUGAACCUUAAAAUUCUGAAUAAACGUAUAUCGACUGAUGCCAUAAAAGAUGUUGAUGUCUACAAGUACCAUCCCAACAAUCUUUGCCGUAAGUUUCUUUAUUUCUUGAUGUUUCUUGGUGGUUCUUUUUAUAUUAUCUUCCUCAGUUAUCUUUUAUAUUUACAUUCUUUGGAAUUUAUUAAUAAAGCCACGGGGGGUGACAUCAUUGUACAAAGUAAAGGCCAAGAAGUUGGACGGAAAAAGGUGCUUGUCUAUUAUGAAAGAAAAUCUGAUAAUAGCAAUAAAGGAACAAAGACUAACUGGAUAAUGCAUGAGUUUACGAGUCAUCAAAUGAAGGACGUCGCAUGUUCUUCUACAAAUGCAAUUCCAGAUGACAAGAUGUUAAACAAGGAAGACCCUGCACAAGAAGAUAAUGGAGAUAAGGCUGACAGAAUCUUAGAUCGAGGUUGUGUUGAAAUUAAACCAUUCACCACAAACCAAUUCGAGUGA